CGCACUUGCCGCCGCACUUGCCGCAUUCCAACCCAGAAGCCGGCCUUUGACUCCUUGCGCAGUGCAGCGCGCAUGCGUACACACGCCUACUGGUGCACUGCGCUCCCACGACCGUGACCCAGCCAGUUCAACCCUCUAAGGCUGGUGAGAAAAAAAAGUCACCUGAGCCUUAUGGUGCCAGCUGUUCAGGAAGACUCUAAAAGCAGAACAACUUAGCAGUGGUGAGAUUUUUCAAUCCACCAGCGCGGCAAAGAGAAAUUAUCGCGAGAUCUGGUAAGGGAUUUGUGUUCUGCAGUAAGAUGGCAACACAGGAGAAGGUGUUUCCUCAAAAACUCAGUCACAAAAAAUACCGAGCUGCCCUAAGGAAGGAGAAACGCAAAAGACGUAGGCAGAAUAUAGCUCGGUUGAGAGCCCUUGCAGCCCCACCGGAGGAGGAGGAGGAUGUUUCUACUGACGACCAACUUACGGAAAGACUGGAGAUAGAGCGACAAAAAUUACAUGAAGAAUGGCUGCUGAGGGAGGAAAAGGCGCAAGAAGAAUUCAGACUAAAGAAGAAAAAGGAAGAAGCCGCUAGAAAACAGAGGGAAGAGCAGGAGAGACAGAUAAAGUUGGAAUGGGAAGAGCAACAGAAAAAACAGAGAGAAGAAGAGGAGCAGAAGCUACAAGAGAAGAGAGGAAGAGAGGAAGCAGUGCAGAAAAUGCUGGACCAGGCUGAAAAUGAUGGCACUUGGCAGAACCCGGAACCACCCAAGGAAUUAAGACUGGAGAAAUAUCGAGCCAGUUGUCCUUUCUACAGUAAAACAGGAGCGUGCCGAUUUGGUAACAGGUGUUCACGGAAGCACGACUUCCCCACCUCGAGUCCCACCCUUCUUGUGAAGAGCAUGUUCACAACGUUUGGGAUGGAGCAGUGCAGAAGGGACGACUAUGACUCUGACGCAAGCCUGGAGUACAGCGAGGAGGAGACCUACCAGCAGUUUCUGGACUUCUACCAUGAUGUGCUGCCCGAGUUCAAGAACGUGGGGAAAGUGAUUCAGUUCAAGGUGAGCUGCAACCUAGAACCUCACCUGCGGGGCAACGUGUAUGUGCAGUACCAGUCGGAAGAAGAAUGCCAAGCGGCCCUCUCUCUCUUUAACGGAAGAUGGUACGCAGGACGACAGCUCCAGUGUGAGUUCUGCCCGGUGACCCGGUGGAAAAUCGCAAUUUGUGGUUUAUAUGAAAUGCAAAAGUGUCCAAAAGGAAAGCACUGCAACUUUCUUCAUGUGUUCAGAAACCCCAACAAUGAAUUUAGAGACGCUAACAGAGAUGUCUACCUGUCUCCAGCUUGGACUGGCUUCUCUGGUAAAAACUCCUCAGACAGGAGGGAAAGGAAGGACCACCAUGAGGAAUACUAUGGCAAGCCAAGGACCUCCCACUCCAGUGCACACCACUCCUCCAAGAGAAACAGGGAGUCGGAGAGGAAGAGUCCUCAUAGGCGAAAGAGGUCUCACAAGCAGGAAACAAAGGGUCGCGAGAGGCACAGCUCAAGAAGAGGAAGAGAAGAGGACAGCAGUCCAGGCCCGCAAAGCCAGAGCCACAGAUCCUGAGCCAGGCUGCCAGCAUCACCUGGGCCCAAGAAUCUGAGACCAGGCCACAAUGAAACUCCUCUACAGAAUAAAAACCUAACCCAUUAUCCUUCAGACACCCCAAGAUAUUCAAAACAAAACUGAUUGCAAAGGAAAGACAUGGUGUCUCAAUCUAAUUUCCAACCAAGUUACAAAGUCUUGUGGCUUUAACAGAGACAGAAACAGGUAUUCAUUAUUUCUUAGACUUUUGAUGUUAUAAGUUUUAGUUUCAUGGUAUUGAUGUUAUUGUCCAUACAGUUUGAACUAGCUUUCAUAUGUUGAGUUUUCUUGUGAUAACCAAGACAUUAAACUGUGAUGUUUUAUUAUCCUAAUA